AUGGCUGAUAUCACCGCCAUUGCGAAGCAGUUCACCGACUUCUACUACUCCACCUUCGACACGAAUCGCGCAGGCCUUCAAGGUCUCUACCGCGACAACUCCAUGUUAACCUGGGAGGGCCAACCACUCUUGGGUGCGGCGACCAUCACGGAGAAGUUGACGUCCCUGCCGUUCGAGAAGGUGCAGCAUAAGGUCACCACCCUCGACGCGCAGCCGUCGUCGGCCACCGUCGCGAGUCUCAUUGUCAGCGUCACGGGCCUCCUCGUAGUCGACGACAGCCCCAAUCCCCUGCAGUACAGCCAGGUCUUCCAGCUGAUACCCGAUGGCGGUAGCUACUACGUGUUCAACGACAUCUUCCGCCUCAACUACGCGUAA